GACGAUAAGAAAAAUAAUAUUCUUAGCCCUCAUGUUUAUUUUAGUAGCGCUAGCUUUCUUGAACAUCAGAGAUUGUGAUCAUAGAUUAAAUGUAGCAGGUUUGCUGUAAAAAUAAGUCCUUAUUUUUAUUGUAUAUAAGUAGUAAAAAAAUAUGAAAGUGGCAAUAAUUGGUGGUGGUCCAGCUGGCCUUGCCGCAGUAAAGCAUUGUUUGGAACAAAAUAUCGAAUGUACCGCUUUUGAGCAAACGGAAAAUAUAGGAGGAACGUGGAUUUACACCGACAAGAUAAAAGAAGAUGAAAAUGGAGUACCGGUUCAUACAGCAAUGUACCAGGGAUUGCGUACAAAUUUACCCACUCGGCUUAUGGAGUUUGAAAACUUUCCUCACAUUCCCAAAGACAACUUUUAUAUCACACAACCAGAAGUUUUGGAGUAUAUUAAGUCUUACGCUAACCACUUUAACUUAUUACCUCACAUAAAAUUAUGCCAUCAAGUAAUAAAUGUAGAUCCUCGUCCAAAUGAAAAAUGGUCACUAUUAGUGAGAAACGUUAAAACAAAGAAAGUUGAAGAGCAUACGUAUGACGGUGUGAUCGUAUGCAAUGGCCAUUAUACAAGUCCGUACAUGCCAUCUAUACCGGGUAUGGAACAUUUUAAUGGGAAAAGUAUACACUGCAAGCAAUACCGAAAACCAAACAUCUAUGCCGGUAAAAAAGUGUUAGUUAUUGGUGGAGGCCCCUCUGGACUUGAUAUAUCAACUCUCCUGAACGGGAUAGCUAAAAAAGUGGUUUUUAGUUUUUCUAAAUUAUUUUAUGGUACACCCGCUGAAGGAGUAAUAACUAAACCUAGGGUUUCCCAAUUUAAGGAAGGCAAAGUAAUUUUUGUGGAUGGAACCGAAGAAGAUAUAGACGAAGUCAUUUAUUGCACAGGUUACUAUCCUUCGUACCCAUUUUUAAGCAAAAACUGUGGAAUAACUGUAGACGAUGGCUGGGUGAAACCUUUGUACAAACACUUUAUUAAUAUUGAACAUCCUACGAUGGCAAUAGUCAAUAUUACGCUUGUUGUUUCUACUUUUACCUUGUAUUCGAUUCAGAUUCGAUUUUACCUGGCUCUUCUAAAAGGCCAUUUUAAGGUAUCAAAAGAAGAAAUGUAUGAAGAUUUAAAUCAGGCAGUAAAGAAGAGAGAAGAUAAGGGAUUGCCUAAAAAGAUGACCCAUUUUAUAGCACUAGAACAACUAGAUUACUGCGAAAAUUUGGCAGACAUUGCUAAUAUAAGAAAAAUUCCAAGAGUAUAUGGAAAAAUGUUUGCUAAAAUACUUUGUAACUUAGACAAAAAGUAUGGCGUUAAAAUUAUUGAUGAUGAAAAUUUUGAAUUGGUACAGCUCGAAUAUACAACGAUAUAAAAUUAUGUAUAUAAAAAAAGCAACAACAAACCAAAAUAUUUUUUACAAUAUAGGUAUUAUUGAUCUUAUUGAUUAUUGAUACCAGAAAUUAAAUGUAUGGCAAAAAA